UCGUGGACCUGGCUGGAUAUAUUACGUUGAUUGAUCGUUAUCACCAUGUCACGAGUGGAUCGUAUUACUGUUACUUUUCAUUGUCAUAUCAAUUUGCAUUUCACGCAGAUGACGGUCUGUGGGCUACUUGACAAGUCAAGGAUUUAUAGUAAUGUUGGGAGUCACCCUGUUAGUACUCUGUGCUGUGAGCACGCAGGCAUUGGACAAUGGUCUGGCAAGGACGCCCCCUAUGGGCUGGCUCAUCUGGGAACGAUUCCGCUGCAAUACCGACUGCAAAAGAUAUCCUAAUGACUGUGUCAGUGAGAAACUGGUGAAGGAAAUGGCAGACCGGAUGGUUGAAGAUGGAUACAAAGAUGUUGGGUAUGAGUACGUCAAUCUGGAUGAUUGCUGGAGCGCUAAAGAACGUGACACUCAGGGACGACUGCAAGCUGAUCCUGAACGGUUUCCAAGCGGCAUCAAAGCACUGGCUGAUUAUAUUCAUAGCAGGGGAUUAAAGAUGGGCAUCUAUGCUGACUAUGGUACCAAGACCUGUGCAGGUUACCCAGGGAGCUUAGGCCAUCUGGAAACUGAUGCCCAGACAUUUGCAGAAUGGGGCAUUGAUAUGCUGAAACUGGACGGAUGUAACUCUAAUGUCACUACUAUGAAGAAAGGCUAUCCUGAGAUGACUAGGUACCUGAAUGCUACAGGCAGACCUAUCCUAUUUUCCUGUAGUUGGCCUGACUAUGAACGAGCUGCUGGAAUACCUAUUAAUUACACCCUAGUGGCAGAAAACUGUAACAUCUGGCGUAACUACGAUGACAUCAAUGACUCGUGGGGAUCAAUUACAGGCAUUAUUGAUUAUUACAACAAGACUCAGGACACACUCAUACCAGCUGCUGGUCCAGGACACUUCAAUGAUCCAGACAUGAUUGUUGUUGGGGAUCAAGGAAUCAAUGAGAACCAAGCCAAUGCCCAGAUGGCCAUGUGGUCCAUCUUUGCUGCUCCUCUUCUCAUGUCUAAUGACCUGCGCAACAUCCAGCCAGUUUUCCGUAACAUUUUGCAGAACAAGGAGGUGAUCAGAAUCAACCAGGACCCACUGGGAAAGAUGGGACGAAGGGUACUGACGCGUGGCCCGGGGAUAGAGGUCUGGCUACGGCCUCUCUACUUUUGGGAUGAAUGGGGCUUGGUUCUCUACAACAGUGCAGCCAAGUCAGCAACCAUCCAAAUGUCUCUGAAAGAGAUAGGAUUCACAUAUGCCUUGGGAUAUGAGCUACGAGAGAUUUUGACCCAUGUUGAGGUUGGCCAUCGUGAGAUUUACCCAGUUUAUAACUACACUGUACCCUCCGCCGGUGUCCUCAUGUAUUAUGCAUACCCCAGUGAAUUAACAGAUAAACAGUUAUGAUUUGAGGAGCUGACGGAAACUAUUAACCAUUGAGCUAGAAAGUCAUUGUGCAUUUUGUUGCUGAUGAAUCAAGCUCAGAAUAACACAACAAAACGAAAAUCCUUGUUAAAAUGAUAGAUUUUUUUGUUUAAGUGGCGAAUGCUGAAAAACAUAUUCUGGGAAAGAAAGCUUCAAGUGGCUUGUAGUCUGACAUUUGAAAGAUAUCUAUUCUUUAUAAGAUGUGCCAAAUGAUGUAUCGUGUUUUAGAUAAUUAUGUAUCGUGUAACUCAAUUGAACAGUUCCAAAUUUAUUGCAAUAUGUAAAGAGCUACUACAUCAUUAUAGAUAAUGUAGUAAUGAAUUUUAAUUUGGAUAAGCAUUAGAAUGAUUCCCCUACAUUCCAUAAUAGAACUUUCAGAAACUGUAUAUUCAAAAGAUAAAUGACAGUAUUUUGAGAAAGCCAAAGAAAAUAUCAUGAAGACCAAAGAAGACAUGCUUUUUAAAAUAAAUUUGAUAAUAUUUGUAGUAUUAUUACUGGUCAUUGUUAUUAUUACAGGCAGUCUUUUCAAAUACAAUUACCCAGUUACACUUUUUUAUGUUUGUAAUUUUCUGUUUCCUCUUACAACAAAACAAAAUAAAAAUUUUAAUCAAGUACAUGUAUUCCAUUUUGAGACAUACUGGUCAGGUUAUACACUAUCUGUUUUUCUCUCCAUCUCUCUCUCAGGUGUUGUGAUAGUCGUAAUUGAUAUGUCUUGCACUUUACAGUGGAAAUAACAUUCCUCAUACACUGCUUUUAUUCAUCAGUACACUGAUCUUGACUGUAGUUCUAGAGUGAACCAAAGAAUGACAAUCUCAACCCGCAACUUCAACAAAUACAUGUAAUGAAUUGGUACCAAUCCUAUCUUGCCUCGCUGAAAGUCUCAUUGUCUUUCAGUUGGUUAAUAAGGGAAUAAAUAUGUGCUUGUCUAUCGUUUAAGACCAGCUCAGAAGAAAGGACACGACUAAUAUCUGAGCUGCAAGCAAGGGCAUUUUCAGCAUUCAGUCUUGCACGCAGAUUAAUUAUUGCCACUGGGUUCGGUAGACAACUAGGAGGUUGGUGGAAAGCCAAAGCCAAGUAGUUGAUAGAGGAAAUGAGACAUAAACAUGAACAUCAUUCACGCUGUCCAAAACAGUGCACAUAGAAUCAUGAACUAAUUCAUAAUUAAUAUAAGCAGGAAUUCAAGCAGUGUGUUAACAGCACAAUAUCAUAAACUUAGUUACCAUGUGGAUUUGCACAAGAACUUCUCGGACCUUUUAUUAAAAAGAAAGUGGAGUAGCAUUGACUGGCACUCCAUACUCAUUUAUGUUUCACAUAAUUUUUUCAGUUGAUAUGCCUUUUGCCAAAACCACGUUUCAUUAGUUAACUUAUCUCUGGUACCCUUGUCAUCUUUGCUAACAGUUUGGAUCCCUAGUUGAUGUUUGGCACCGGCCUCUUCAGCAAUACCAGGAGUGGGCCGUUGUCAUUCUCAACAGGGAUGCUAAGCCCCAAACAG